UUUUGCAAAUGUUGGUAGCAGUAAAGGAAAAAAAUCCACGCACUACGGUUAAGAUACCUUUUUGCUAAAAUGGUGAACUCUGAGCAGAUAGAACAGGCAAUUCGGGCAUCCUUAGAGCCAGUACAUGUUGAAAUUAAUGAUUUGUCGGGAGGAUGCGGCCAAAACUUUGAUGUGUUAAUCGUGUCUCAAUUGUUUAAGGGAAAGACUACUCUUGCUCGUCAUCGUUUGGUGAACAGCAAAUUGAAGGAUAUUUUGAAGGAUAUCCAUGCUUUCACUCAGAAAUCUUUGACACCAGAGGAAUGGGAAGCUCGUAGUGCUGCUAAAAAUGGCACCGCGUAGUUUUAUAAUGCAUUUUUUUGAUUUGAAUCCAGAAAUAAAGUGAACUAAAUCGUGAAGAGAAUUGAGAGAAAAUGAAUGAACAAGGCGAAUUAUAUCUGCGUUAACCAAAUUUCAUGAUCAUUGACAAAUUUAAACUUUGACUGGAAUUACUAUCAAAAGUUCAGCGAAUCUCGUUAACGCAAGAAACCAAAUGAUUUUGAGCUGGCCAACUGUAAAUAGAUUACAAACUUGUUCAACAAAAUUUGAAGCUGAUACAAGAAUAAAUAGCAUUACUCAACUUCAUCUUUUUAUCAAGUAAUACAAACUUUUUAAACUAAACAAUGAGAAGAGGUUUUGCUUUUCAGAUAAACACAGCUUCUAUUUAUUUUACAUUUUCUAGAA